CCGAGUGGUUUUACCUUGCUCAGUGCAGGAGUAUCAAGUUGGGCAGCUGUACUCUGUGGCAGAAGCUAGCAAAAAUGAAACAGGAGGUGGGGAAGGAAUUCAAGUCUUAACAAAUGAGCCUUAUGAGAAGGAUGGUGAGAAGGGACAAUACACUCACAAAAUCUACCACUUAAAGAGUAAGGUCCCUGGGUUUGUGAGGAUGAUUGCUCCAGAAGGCUCCCUGGUGUUCCACGAGAAGGCCUGGAAUGCCUAUCCCUACUGUAGAACAAUUGUGACAAAUGAAUACAUGAAAGAUGACUUCUUCAUAAAAAUCGAGACCUGGCAUAAACCAGAUCUGGGGACAACAGAGAACGUGCACAAUUUAGAUCCCAACACGUGGAAGGGCGUUGAAGUUGUCCAUAUUGACAUUGCAGAUAGAACUCAAGUAGAACCAGGGGACUACAAAGCUGAUGAAGACCCUGCAUUAUUCCAGUCAGUUAAGACAAAGAGAGGACCUCUGGGGCCAAAUUGGAAGAAGGAGCUAGCAACUGAUGAGGAGUGUCCCAAAAUGUGUGCUUACAAGUUGGUGACCAUCAAAUUUAAGUGGUGGGGGCUGCAAAACAAAGUCGAAAACUUUAUACAGAAGCAAGAAAAGAGGAUAUUUACCAACUUCCAUCGCCAGCUGUUCUGUUGGAUUGACAAGUGGAUUGAGCUGACCAUGGAGGACAUCAGGAGAAUGGAGGAUGAGACCCAGAAGGAGCUGGAAGCGCUGCGUAACCAAGGGCAGGUGAGAGGAACGAGUGCUGCCAACGACGAGUGACGCGGCCGCCGCCGAGCUGGGUGUGUGUGGGUGCAUGACUCUGUAUAUAACUCUACACGCACAUACAGGCCCAGGGGUGGGAACAGUGUCUCCGGGUGCUACACCUGUCCUAGCAAAGAUUCCCAGGAAACUGCUUUCAUUAUGUAUACCCCCAAGCAAAUAAAAAUCAAGUGAGUAGUGUCAUUUAAAGGAUAAAUUUUGCUAACUGGUAUGUUCAUGAAUGUCAAUACUGGACCAAUUUCUGCCCUAUUCGUUUUUUCCUCCUGUCCGAGUCAACUCUGCUCUAACUCACCCAUCUCUCGUUGUAAAGAAACAACUCAAAACAAGGUAAUUUCAGUUUUAUGUCUUCCCUAUGUGAUCAGUUUUGGAAUAGGAACAAUGAAUGUAUUUAUAGCUAUUUAUUGCUGGAUUGUCAUUAUCCUAUAGUCAAGUCAGGAAAUAAAAAAUUUCUAUUAGUGAGAUUUGGAAGACUUUUACUGUUAAAUAAGUUUAACCCAAACUUUAGCCACUCACUGACUUAAAAGGCAAAAAAAAAUAUGUUUUAUUGGACUUUUGUACAUUGAAAUGCUAAUGGUUUUUCUUCAUUAAAAUUGGCAAGAUUAAGGAAAAAAA